AUGCUAGAAACAGAUAUUGUGCUUAAAAAUCCCGAUACAGUUAUCAGGAGUAAAGGGAUAAGUUAUCGAAAUGAGAUGAUAAAGGAAUUUGAGAAACAAAUUCCAGAAUUGUUAAAUUUGGGGCUUAUUAGGCACAGUACGAGUGAGCAUAGAAGUGCAGCAUUCAUGGUAACAAAUCAUGCUGAACAAGUACGAGGAAAAUCCAGAAUGGUUAUUGAUUACAGAGAUUUGAAUAGAGAAACAAGAGAUGAUGGGUAUAAUUUACCUAAUCAAGAAUCUCUUAGAAAUAGAAUAAGAAGGGAGAAGCCCUCAGUUUAUUCUAAAUUCGAUCUCAAAUCAGGGUACUGGCAGAUAAAGGUCAAAGAAAAAGCAGUAGUUCUUACAGCCUUCACAAUGCCCAUUGGGCUUUUCGAAUGGCUGGUUAUGCCAUUUGGAUUGAAGAAUGCCCUAAGAAUUUUCCAGAGAAGGAUGGACAAAGUGUUUGGAGGAAUGACUGGAUUUGUUGCAUUCGGUCACUACAGCACUCAGUGUACCCAGAAUCCUAGAUCAAGGAAAGGGAGAGGAGAAAAAAUACAGAAAAAUGAAGAGAUCACGAUCAAUAGAAGUUUUCUAGAAACCAGAAAGGAUAAGGAAACAGCUGAAGUCGAAGCAGUCAAUAUUGAUUUGGUUCUUGAAGAUUUUCUGUUAAGAACUCCAGAAAUUUCAAAAGGAAAAAGGUUUUUGCUAAAAGGGAUAAUUAAUAAUCCAACAAUUCCAGCAAAUACACCCUUUUCAGUCUAUCUUUGGGAAAUAGUAGAAAUUUUGGAAGAAUUUGAAUCCAUCAUUUUAGAAUAUUUCAUAGUCAUUAACAGGGAAAAAUAUCCUGAAUUAAAGCAGUUUUGGAUGAAGAGCAGAUUGUGUAUUCCGAAGCUACACAUUCCCAGAAGCAUUAAACCAGAACUUCUUAUUGCAGUACAGAAGACUUUGAGGACGGGAGAAAUCCAGUUUUUUGGUUUCAGUAAAACAGGGCAAGCUUUCCACUUUCUACCAGCAAUGGUAAAAUAUGUGCUAAAUUUUACCCAUCCAAGACGGAUUUGGUGGACUAGCUAUAUUGAACCAGUUGAGUUGAAAACAGGAAAAGUCUUGUUUUGGAAUCUUUUUCCAGAGGAUUGGAAAGAAGGAAUCGUUUCAGAUUUUUAUGAAGAGGAACCAGAUUGGGAGGAUUUUUAG